CCGGCCGCCGCCGCCAUGUCGGCGCUGUGCGACCCCCCGGGCGGCGCGAGCCCCCCCAGACCCCCCCUCAGCGCCCAGGAGCUGUCGCAGGAGAUCAAGGCCUUCCUGAGCGGGCUGGACCCGGUGCAGGGCACGCCGCUGUCGCCGCCGGCGCACGCCCGCUGCGCCCUGCGGCUGCUGCGCUGCCUCCCGCCCGCCCGCCACGCCGCCCUGCACCACCUGCGGGGGCUCUUCGACGAGCAGGUCUGCGCCCACCUCCUGCAGCGGGAGGGCCCCCCGGGAGCCCCCAAGGCCGGCGCGGGCGCCGAGGUGGUGCAGGAGGUGCGCGGGGCGCUGGCCGAGUUCGUGGGCGCCAACCCCAAGGCGUGGGCGCCCGGCGUGGCCGCCUGGGCCAGCGAGCUCAUGGGGCAGCUGAGCAGCAAGUACGCCGGGCGGCCCGGGGUGCCCCCCGCCGCCAACCUGAACGAGCUGCUGCAGCUGUGGAUGGGCUGCCCCGCCACGCGGGCGCUCAUGGACAUCUACACGCAGUGCCUGUCGGCCAUGGUGGGCGGCUGCCCCGACGCCUGCGUGGACGCGCUUCUGGACACGUCGGUGCAGCACUCGCCGCACUUCGACUGGGUGGUCGCCCACAUCGGCUCCUCCUUCCCGGGCACCAUCAUCAGCCGGGUGCUCUCCUGCGGCCUCAAGGACUUCUGCGCCCACGGGGCCGCCCCGGGCGACGCGGCGUUCGCGGCGGGGCCGGCGGGCGCCGACAAGAGGGCGCCCAAGAUCGCGUCGGUGGUGGGCAUCCUGGGCCACCUGGCCUCGCGCCACGCGGGCUCCAUCAAGCAGGAGCUGCUGAGGAUGUUCCACGAGAGCCUGGGCUCGGGCAGGGAGCAGCACAAGGCCACGGUGCCCUUCCUGCUGCAGCUGGCGCUGAUGUCGCCGGCGCUGCUGGGCACCGUGUCGGCCGAGCUGGUGGACUCGCUGAAGCCGCCCGUGCUCAACCAGCUGCACCAGCACUUCUCGGCGCUGCCCCGCGACGAGCUGGAGCACGUGGUGGGCGUGGUGGUUCACCUCAUCUCCCAGACGUCGGCCGGCGCCUUCCGCAUCCUGCAGUUCCUGGUGGGCACGGCCAUGCCCGCCUCCGUCAUCACCUCGUCGCAGCCGGGCCCGCCGCUGCACGACGGGGUCCGCGAGGGCUGCGACCGCCUGGUGCAGCUGCUGCUGCUCAACCUGCAGAAGCUGGUGCACGGCAGGGGCGGCCCCGCGCCCGCCGAGGGGCCCCCGCGCCCGGUGCCCUUCCUGGAGGCGCUGCGGCCGCACGUGCGGGAGCUCUGCGUGGAGACGCUGCGGCUCGAGAGGAAGCGCUUCCUGUGGCAGCACCAGCUGCUGGGGCUGCUGGCCGUGUACUCGGCCCCGCACGGCGCCGCCGAGGCCCUGUUCUUCCUGCUGGCGCUGGCCAAGACGCCCGAGGAGCUGGCGCUGGCGCCGCAGCUGCACGCCGUGCUCUGCGCGGUGCUGCCCGACCCGCUGCCCGCGGCGGUGGCGGCGGCCGUGGCGCAGAUCCACGCGGGGCGGCUGCCGGAGCCGCAGCUGGCGCAGCUGCUGCGCAACCUGGCGCUGCUGCUGCAGUGGGACGGCGGCGGCGACGCCGGCGGGGCGGCGAGCGCGGCGCUGGGGGCGGCGCUGGCGCGGCACCUGCCGGACCUGGCGCAGCUGCUGCUGCACCCCCGCGCCGAGGUGGGCGACGCCGCGUGCCGGCUGCUGGCCGCCUGCCCCUUCCCGCGGGCGCUGCCCCCCGCGCACGUGCUGCCCGCCGUGCGCGCCGCCGUCCACCACUUCUUCCUGGCGCUGCGGCGCGGCGACGCCGCCGCCCUGGCGCCCGCGGCGCGGCUGCUGGCACGGCUCAGCGCCGUGUCCGGCGCCGCCGCCAAGGCCGUGCUGGCGCAGCUGGUGGAGGGGGCCCUGCGCGGCCGCAACGCCGAGCUCUUCGGGGGCACGGCCGAGCCCCGGCCCGGCGCCGAGGACCCCCCUCCGGCCGGGGAGCCCGGCGGCGCCGGCGUGUCCCUGCUGGACACCAACCGGCGCUUCAGCGCCGCGGUGAACUCGGCGGGCGGCGUGUGGUCGGUGUUCCACGCCGGCGUCAUCGGGCGCGGGCUGAAGCCGGCGGCGGGCGCCGGGCGCCGCGACCCCGAGGAGUUCGCCCGCAACACCCACGCCUUCCUGAGCCUCCUGCUGCGCUGCUGCCGGGGGUCCCGCCCGGGGGAGCCCGACCCCGGCGUCAGCCCCGAGGCCGCCAAGGCCGUGGCGGCGGCGCUGGUGGAGUCGGUGUGCCCGGAGGCCGCCGGCGGGGACCUGGCGUGGCCCCCCGAGGAGCAGGCCCGCGGCACCGUGGAGCGGGACCUGCGCAUCUGCCGCCGCUUCCGCGCGCAGCCGCUGCUCUUCCCGCUGCUGCGCGUGGUGGCCGCGGGGCGCCCGGCCCUCUGCUACUGCUCGGGGCUGCUGCGGGGGCUGCUGGCGGCGCUGGUGGCGCACUGGGACGCCUGCCGGGACCCCCGCACCACCGCCUCGCCCUGGCACCUGCAGGCGUCCUGCGCCCUCGUGGCGCUGCUGGCCGAGGGGUCGCUGCUGCCCCCCGUGCUGGGCAACAUGCACGAGCUGUUCCCGCAGCUGGCGCCCUUCGAGCUGCACCUGCUGCUGCUGCUGGUCUGGGACUUCCUGCGCGAGAACAGCCCCCUGCCCCAGAAGUUCACCUUCCAGCCCCAGCGCGGCACCUUCCGCCGGGACUUCUCCCGCGACGGCGACGUGGGCAAGCACCUGGCGGUGCUGCACAGCGUCCUGCACAAGAACAUCCAGCGCCUGGGGCUGCUGGCCGGCAGGUUCUACCCCUGAGAGCCCCCCGAAAUGGGGGGUGGGGGGGUCCUGGGGGUCCUGGGGCUGCUGGUGUGGGAGUUCUACACCUAAGAGCCCCCCGAAAUGGGGGGUUGGGGGUGGUCCUGGGGGUCCUGGGGCUGCUGGUGGGGGAGUUCUACCCCUGAGAGCCCCCCGA